UGACGAUGUGAACUACAACCAGAGGCACCCCGGAGCUGGAGGCGGAUACAUGUUUGACCUGUAGUAGAUGCACAAAUGAAGAUGCCAGAUGCACUUCGCUCGUGUUUGCUGCUUUUUGUGUUAGUUUUCCGUCUCGGGACAGCGGCAGAGGUCUCCGUAUGGAACGUGGACAUCAACUCGACACAGGAUGCUGUGUUCCGGAAGACGCUGUACGCCAACACCACCAUCUUCAUGAAGUUCCAGGGUGACACAGUGUCAUGUGAGAGAAACCUGGCAUUCAACAUCAGUUGGUAUCUGCGCUCGUCUGUUUGCUACAAUGAAGUCUUUAACACACCAGACAACAAAGCGAUGAACAUGUUUAGUAUGGACCACAUGCUGAAAGAUGGCUGGAGCGGCUUUUACAGUCAGGGCUACAUGUACUUUGACAACUGCUCCUCCCUCUUCCUGCCCAAGGUGUAUUAUGCUGACUUCAACCCCUAUCAGCCCCUCACUAAUCCAAAGAGUGAUCCAUCAAAUCAGAGCCUUAUUUGGCCUGAGAAGCCGGAUAUCAGUGCAGUGGCCAAAGCUUGGGAGGACAGUCCCUACCUGUUCAUAGUGAAGGUGCAACCUUUGUUUCGUGGAGUUAUAGAUGAGGACAUUGGGGUAGAACAGCUCAACUUUGCUUUUACAAUGAAAGUUGAGAUGAAGGGACCACAUGACUACUCCUCCCCAGCAGACUGGCCUCUCAUGAUGUUCUUCAUGAUAAUGUGCAUUGUGUAUGUGCUGUUCGGGGCUCUCUGGCUCUUCUGGUGUGCCUGCUACUGGAGGGAUUUGCUGCGAAUUCAGUUCUGGAUUGGUGCCGUCAUCAUCCUCGGCAUGCUAGAGAAAGCAGUGUUUUACUCAGAGUACCAGAGUAUCCGCUACAAAGGAGACUACGUUCAAGGUGCUGUGAUUUUUGCUGAGCUGCUCUCUGCACUCAAAAGAUCUUUAGCCCGAAUCCUGGUCCUCAUUGUCAGUCUUGGCUAUGGCAUAGUCAGACCCAGGUUGGGUACCACAGUGCACCGACUGGUAGCUGUUGGGCUUCUCUACCUGCUUUUCUCCUCUGUGGAGGGUGUGCUGAGAGUGACAGGUGGUUUCUAUGGUACGGUCGCGCUGGUGGCAAAUCUCAGCCUCUCCCUCAUUGACUCCUGUGUCAUGUGGUGGAUUUUCAUCAGCCUGUCUCAAACCACUCGUCUGCUGAAGCUCCGCAGAAAUGUAGUGAAGCUGUCUUUGUAUCAGCACUUCACCAACACUCUCAUCUUUUCUGUCGUCGCUUCCAUCAUAUUCAUCAUCUGGACCACCAAAGUCUUCAAGCUGGUGGACUGCCAGACGGGUUGGAGGGACUUGUGGGUAGACGAUGCCUUCUGGCGUCUCCUGUUCUCCACCAUUCUGCUGGUCAUCAUGGUGCUGCUCCGGCCCUCUGCUAACAGCCAGAGGUUCUCCCACUCCCCACUGAUUGAUGAUGAUGAUGAAGAGGAGGAGGCCAAGGAGCCCAUGCUGAAUGAAGCUUUUGAGGGAAUGAAGAUGAGAGGCUCAAAGCCUGACACUAAUGGCUCCCAGAAACUAUUGAGUAAAGAGGAUGAAGACCUUAAAUGGGUUGAGGAGAACAUUCCUACGACUGUUGCUGAUGUAGCUCUCCCUGUAAUGCUAGAUGAGGAAGAGGAAAUCCUGAAAACCAAGAUGGAGAGAUCCAAAAUGGAGUAGAGAUCAAUGUGAGAAUGAAAAGAAAGCAGUUUCACUGAGGCAGCAUUGAAUGCAUUCUGACUGAUGUGAUUACCAAAAAAAAAAAAAAAAAGUGGGCAAAGCCAACUGUUCUCUCCAGACACUUUAACCAUAUAAUUUUAUUUAACAGGUUUUGUGUAAUAUUUUCUUAAGUUCAAAGAAGCAUUUAUGAUGUGUUACGUGAAGGAGGUAGUGUGCAACCCUGAGGUGGAGGGGUUGGCUGUUGUUGAUGACGUCCAGAUCUGAAUUCUGGGACUGGGGUGAAACUGAAGCAAUUACACAGCAGAGCACUUUGAUAAAUAUUUUAUUUGUUUCAAAGAUGUUUCUUCACUGUCACAGACUUGGCCAAAAUCAAGCAGAUUUGUGGCAUUUUACACAACGCCAUUAUGUAAAAUAGUAUAUUUAUCAAAAUCCUGUCCUGUGUUUUUAGAUAGUAUAAUAUUUAAUGGUUGUGGUUUCUUAAGAACUGGGGCAAGGAUCUAAACGUUUGGAAUAAGUUGGGUCAAACUGGUAGGAAUGUGAGUUGAAUGAUUUGGAAUCUGUUUAGGUAUAAAUCAUGAUUCUUGGCAAAUAUAUCACAUAUUGGUAUGGAUGGAGGGGAAAUAUACACAGAAAACACUCAAUUAUUGUGCAUAAUAAGAGAUUAUAUUUAUACCAACACAGCGUCUUACAUUUAAACUCAUGGAGAGAUGUGCUGUGCCACAAACUAAAUGUAAAUUUUUUUUACAUUUAAUAUUUAAAUGAAAUAGGAACUGUAUGGUAUGAUUAACCAUUUGGCCAGAUAACUAAAAAAGAGUAAUCUUUUUUAUGCUUUUACCCAGCCAUUGAACAUUUCCUAAACUCAUUUCUGGUAGCUGAACCAAUAAAUGAUAAAUGUAUGUCUUAAUGUUAACACAUAACUAACACUUUGUUUUCUGGCUAACUGAGUAAUCUUGAAUAUAGAAAUUCAGUAUAUUUGCCACUGUUACUGUAUGUGAACACGGCUGCAUCAGUGAAUAUUGAUACUUGAAGCAUAUCACAGUUGUCAGGGGUAAAUGUGCUACUUCUGUGUUGUGGGGGAUUCUUGUGUUAACUGGAACACACACACUCUGUGCUGGGAGAAUGUAAUGACCCUGUUGGUCAUGAAAUCUUUUAAGGCCAAGUAAAUGCUAUCAUAAACAUCUAAAGUGUCCAUUUCAUAGACACGAGCAUUACACCAGAUCAACGUGUGUGAGAUUUCAUCUUUACACAGAACAGUUCAGUGACUCCAUUAUUGGUUACUUUCAAGCUUUUACUGACAAAUUAAAUGCUGCAUGGUGCUCAGAGGGAAAAAUGAAUGACGUUUAUAAAUUUUAUUCCAGAUCUGUUUUUGGCAUAAGUAGUCACGAGUCUUAAAUUAAGUAUGUUUAUUUUCACUUCAAUAAAAAGUACAGUUUUGUAGCUUUUCACAAAACAGCAGUGAUUUAGGUCCACUUCAUGUCAUGUAACAUUUGUAGUUACUGAAUCACAGAAUCAAUUGAUAAUCCUUGUGGAUGUGGUGUGGGGCCUAAAUUCAAAUAUACAUGUGACUGAUUAUAUGUAUGCAAUCCUCUCUCACUCACCCUUCACUGACUGGGCCGGAGUUUUAUUAAGGUCUUCACCCAAAUUCAGUAGAACAGGGUCGUUUUUAAAAAAACUGUACAUGAUAAAUUUAUGUUUUUCAUGUCACUACAAGUAGAUUCCUUUGAGCCUGUCCUAUUCACACUAUAAAAUAAUCUUCUGCCUUGUCUGGCAGAAUUAUAUCCCCGUCCUUGUGCAAUCUACUGCAGUAUGUGUGGAUACUCUAAAUUCCUUAAUUUAUGUUCUUUUUAUUUAUCCAAGUCUUGUUGAGGAUAUUUAAUUUCAGAGAGACACUAAAGCCCAAUUUCUGGAUGUGAGUCUGUAAUGUGAAGCUGACGAUAUUGUAUGGCUUUUUGCGUAUGUCUUGCAAAUAAAAUUUAUAUUGAAACAUGGUUAA